CUCAAUACAAUUCAAAAAUGGCCUUUUCUUCCUCCUCUAAACCAGCCAGUUUCAACCAAAAACUCUUCAUCGUCUCCCUCUUCUUCCUCUCUUUCUCCCUCUUCAUCAUUGUCUUCUCCUUCAAGCCCCAACAACCCCAUCUCCUCGACCCCCUCACAGUUCGAACCGAGCCUCUCCCCAUCGUAAACAAGCCCAAAUGGCUCGAACUCAUUCAACAACAAGUCGCCGGUCAAAGACUGAAAGCUGGUUUAGUCAAUUUAGAUAAUAAUAGACAUGAAGUCCAUGGAACAUCAGUUGAAGCCGUUCACGUGCAUUUCGAUCGUGUGGCCGAGGAUAAAACAUGGAGUGAUUUUUUUCCUGAGUGGAUUGAUGAAGAUCACAAAUGGCACGCGCCGUCGUGCCCGGAGAUUCCGUUGCCAAGGCUGGAAGAGUAUGGGGACCUUGACUUGAUAGUGGCGAGAGUUCCUUGCGGAGGAGGAGGUGGUGAGAAGGAGGGGAUUAGGGAUGUGUUUAGGUUACAGGUUAAUCUCGUGGUGGCAAAUCUUGCGGUUGAGAGUGGGCGGGUGAAGCCGGGUUCUGAUCGGACGGUGUACGUUGUCUUUGUGGGGUCUUGUGGACCCAUGAUCGAGAUUUUUAGAUGCGAUGAUAUGGUGAUGCAUGUAGAGGAUUACUGGGUUUACAAGCCUGAAUUGAGAAGGUUAAAACAUAAAGUUAUUAUGCCUGUUGGUUCAUGCCAAAUCUCUCCCGGAUAUGCAGAAACAGCAAAAGAGGAAUGGAGAUAUUUCCAGCAACCAGAAUUGAAUUACACAGCAGACCAUGAAAGAGAAGCCUAUGUAACAGUUCUUCAUUCCUCAGAAGAUUACGUAUGUGGAGCAAUUGCGUUGGCACAAAGCAUAAUCCAAAGCAACUCCGCAAGAGACCUUGUUCUUCUUCAUGAUAAAUCGUUAACUGACAAAUCUUUAAAAGGGCUUCGAGCUGCCGGAUGGAAGACGAAGCGAAUUUCACGUAUUCGCAGCCCGUUUUCCAGAAAAGACUCCUACAAUGAAUGGAACUACAGCAAGCUUCGCGUAUGGCAACUCAUUGAAUACGACAGAGUUAUUUUUAUCGAUGCUGAUCUUCUUAUCUUGAAGAAAAUCGAUAAGUUCUUCUAUUUUCCGCAGUUAUCAGCCGCAGGGAACGACCGUUCGUUGUUCAACUCAGGGAUCAUGGUGAUCGAGCCAUCUCUGUGCAUGUUUGAGAAGUUAAUGCUGAAGAGCUUCAAGGUGGCUUCCUAUAACGGAGGCGACCAAGGUUUUCUGAACGAAAUUUUUACAUGGUGGCAUAGAUUGCCUUCGAAGAUUAAUUAUCUCAAGGUGUUUAAGCUUGAAAAGCAUGGCAACGAUGAACAUCAAAUCCCGGAAAAUCUUUACACGAUUCAUUAUUUGGGAUUGAAGCCAUGGCUGUGUUACAAGGAUUAUGAUUGUAAUUGGGAUAAGGUGGAUCACCAUAUUUUUGCGAGCGAUUCAGCUCACAAGAAAUGGUGGGAAGUUUACGAUGCCAUGCCCAGGAAGUUGCAGAAAUUUUGCGCACUAACAAAGCACGGGAAUUGGAGGAUUAAGAAGUGGAGAGGGAUAGCAAGAAAUAUAAGUUUGGUUGAUGGACACUGGAAGAUCAGAGUGAGAGAUCCUAGACAAUACCAUCUUGUUGAAUAAUUGAAACACCAUUAAUGAUUUCUAUACUAAGUUCAUUGUACUUUUUGAUAUUUUAGAUAGGGAUCAUACUUAAAAUUUUGAAAAAUUAU